CAGGAUGUACAGCUAGCCGAUAAAGAAGCUUCUCAAAACAUGGUGAAAUAAGAAACGUUUAGGUUUUAGCUGCCAUAAGAUUAUGGCGAGUGGAUAUAAUAGCUAUAGGCGCGGAUAUAGUUCGCGCGGUUGGGGACGAGGAAGAGGCGGCCGAGGCAGAGGCGGUCGGGGACGACCGUUUAACGGAGGAGGCCGAUCAGGUGGUAACGUCGUAUUUGGAUUUAACGCACUUAACAAAUUGCGGGAAGAAGAUCCGGAUAACAUUGUUUUAGAUUUAGCUUCGGAACGAUGUCUCCCAGCGUUUCAAAACCUUUUAAACAACCCUAACAUGACGGACGAUAUGAUUGAACUGGUUGUUAAUGUGCUCGCCAGAGCUUGCGAUAGCAACAGUCCGGAGUAUUUUAAUAAACUUCUUGUCGAGCUGCAUAAAUCUUUAUUUGUUAUGCUCACCUUAAAACGCCACAUAACAAAAUUGGGUUUCCGAGGAGACCCAAACGCCAAUUCUCAGUUGUUCAUUGAAAACACAGUCAGGCUAUUCACGGAAAUUCUCAAACGAAUACCAAGCUCGUGUGACUACCUUCCCUUGGCCGACCUAGAGCAAGCCGUUGCUAUGCUGACAAGGAUGGGUCGAAUUAGCGCCGACGUUUUAGAAGGUGUUGAACAGCUCAAAGUUAUCAAACAAGAAUCUCUUGAGAAAGAAAUACGUAAGAGAGAGAUUGAAAAUCAAAGACAAAUGCGAAGUCGUCACCCAGGCAUCGACGCUGUGGGUCCACCGCCUGAAGAUUUCCGAGAAAUGACAAUAAUUCCCCAUCAUGACGACAUCUUCACGGAAAAAGCGCCGUAUCUUAGAAAGAAUAUAAUCCAAGGAGCCUAUCAGGACCUGAACCAUUACCUGGACGUUCAAUUUCGGCUGCUGCGAGAAGAUUUCCUUCGUCCUUUGCGAGAAGGUAUUCUAAAUCUUGUCAAUCAAGGAAUCGACCAGAGACAAGGCUUGUUCAAGGAUAUACGGAUGUACAGAAAUGUUAAAAUUCUGUAUCCCGUAUGCUCAAACAAGGGGCUACGUCAUCAGAUUCAAUUUGAUAAUUCAAGGUUGAAGCGUGUCAAGUGGGAAAACAGCAAGAGGCUGAUCUUCGGCUCUCUUCUCUGUCUCUCCAAAGACAAUUUCCAAACGCUUAUUUUUGCGACAGUCGCCGACAGAGACCUCAGGGAACUUGCAUACGGUAAAAUUACGGUGCAGUUCAUGGACUUGACGAUUGAUUUACAAGAUUUUUCGCGCAAAAAUGUGUACCAGAUGGUCGAAACAACUGCGUAUUUUGAAGCCUAUAGCCCCAUCUUAGAAGGACUGCAAAAAACAGAGGACAACGAUUUGCCAUUUCAGAGAUACCUUGUUGAUUGUAACAAAGACAUACAAGCUCCACAAUACGUCAGACGAAAUCGUUUUAGUUUAAAUGCGCCAAGCUUUGACUUCUCUUCGAUUUUAUUGGACAAUGCUUCAUCGCCUGCAACAUCAAGUUUGCACAGGCAACUUGAAGGCCUUCGCUUACAUGAUUUUUUUGCGUAUGGGUACCGUUCUCACCAGAGAGCUGCGCAGUCUCAAAAUGUCCCAGUUCUUGAUGUAGACCGCUGGCCAAGUAUGGAGCAGUUGGGCCUCGAUGAGUCUCAGUACAAAGCACUGAAGAUUGCUCUAACAAGAGAAGUUGCCGUCAUUCAAGGCCCACCAGGAACGGGGAAGACAUUUCUGGGCCUAAAGAUAGCGAAACUAUUGCUUAACAACACAGAAACAUGGAUCCACGGGGAGCAGACGAUGGUCGGAAGACAGCGGCAAGUUAGUCGGACACCGAUACUUGUUAUUUGUUUCACGAAUCACGCGCUUGAUCAGUUCUUGGAAGGUAUCUACGACUUCUACGGCAACAACGAAGACAAAAUUGUUCGUAUCGGUGGACGCAGCAAAAGCGAGAAGCUCAAGGAUUGUAAUUUGAAAGCUAUCAAAGAAAAAAGCAAUAAAAGAGGUCCUAGAUACGUGGGAAGAGGCAUUGCCGAAGUGCAUUCAAAACUUGACAAUGUCAAAAAAAAAAUGGAGAUUUCUUCGAACGUGAUAAGAAAAUGUUGGCAAAACGUCUUGUACGAGAGGACAUUACAAAGAACUGGAGUGGUUAAAGAGCAUCAUUUCUUAUCUCUCAUGAGACCAUUCAUGAGAUUUGGCGGUGGACAGCCAGAGCAGGGUUCCGUCGUUUUACAAUGGCUUAACCUUGUCGCCGGGGAAGAACUAGUGGAACAAGAAGAGUUGGUUGUUGUCAGAAAAGAAGACACAUUUAGCUUUAAUGGAAGAAAAGUGCUGAUAUGUGAAAAUGUACCACUAGCAAACGUCGAUUUUUCAUUCUACGUAAAUAUCAAGACCGCACAAGCUGGGAACAUUCUCAGCGUCAUGCCAGAAAAUCGAAGAUGGUUGAACGAAAGUAAAGCUCUCUGUGUUGAUGAAACAGGCAUUGUGAAGUUUAUUUUCGGAGAGAACAUCGUAUGUGAGAGUUAUUCUCGUGUAGAUGACGAUAAAUGGCACGAAAUUGGGCUGGUUUACGCGCAGGAGGAAAAAAGCCUUGCUUUGUAUGUCGACAAACGAAUAGAACGUGUAAUAAAUCCAAUUCAACUCCCAGAAGAGAAUCAACAGUACAAGCUGAAGAUUGGCUUAGCUCCGUUAAUCUCGAACCACGAAAUGCAAAAUUUUGUCGGUUCGGUGACGAAUUUUGUGUAUUACUAUAGCACGAAAUAUAACGAAAUGGUCAGGGGAGACGAGAAUGUGGAAUACGAGAUUAAUUUCAUGCAAGACCAAAGAAGAAUAGAUGACGGAGAUGACACACCUAACAAGCAAGAUGUUCCCGUACCUGACGAUUUCGACGUGGUCGACCCUUCCAAAUUGGCCCAGGGAUCUGGCGGAUGGCAAGUGCAAGAUAAAAAGCGAGCAAGAAGUAGAAUUGUUUUCCAAAUAAAAAAGCAACUUCAGAGCGAGGAUGUGAUGACAGACGCCGAGGAGAUGCGUAUUCGCGACGUGUGGGAACUUUCGGUGAAUAAUCGCUGGCGUCUGUAUCGUAAAUGGGUGAGAGAAAUCAGUCAACAGCACCAAAACACGAUAGCAAGCAUUCAAGACGAGUAUAAUCGAGGAAUGAAAGAACUACAGGAGUUAUAUAACGCUCGGGAUUACGAGCUUCUCCGAGAGGCACACGUGAUAGGAAUGACAACAACUGGUGCGGCAAAAUAUCGCAACCUUUUACAUCGUAUUAAGCCAAAGAUAACGAUUGUCGAAGAAGCCGCCGAGGUUUUGGAAUCUCACAUAGUAACGGCGUUAACAGGAGGAUGCGAACAUCUCAUUCUGAUUGGAGAUCACAAGCAAUUGAGACCAAAGCCCACUGUGUUUCAACUGGGAUUGGAUUAUCAACUGGAUAUCUCUCUUUUCGAAAGAAUGGUUGAAAAUGGUAUGCCUUUUGCAUGUUUGCAAGCUCAACACAGAAUGCGUCCCGAAAUUUCAGUGAUGAUGGGUCCGAUCUACGACAACUUGAUCGACCAUGAAUCCGUUCUGAAUUUUGAAACAAUUAAAGGGAUCAACAAAGAUAUCUUUUUUGUAGAUCAUCAAUUCAAAGAGGAUGCUCUGGACGAAAAUCAAAGCCACUCGAACAUUCACGAGGCCAAAUUUAUCGGUGCUUUGUGUCAAUACCUACUCCAGCAAGGCUAUCCUCCAUCCCAAAUUACCGUGUUAACGCCCUAUAGCGGACAGCUAUUUCAAUUGAAAAAGUUUGUACCCCAAAAAGAAGGUCUUAGAGUAUGCGUUGUUGAUAAUUUCCAAGGCGAAGAAAAUGAUAUCAUCUUGCUUUCACUGGUUCGGAGCCAGGUGAUGACGACGAAGGAGAAAAGAGAGAUUCGCAGAUUGAUCGGUUUCCUCGCAAUUGACAACCGUAUUUGCGUGUCUUUGUCGAGAGCGAAAAAAGGUUUCUUUUGCAUUGGGAAUCUAACCUUGAUGAGAGCAGCAAACGAUCUUUGGUCGGAAAUUCUUGACGACAUGGAAAGAAGAGGUUGCGUAGGAACAUCUCUGCCAUUGGCGUGUCAGAAUCACCCCAAAACCAUAACGCAUGUCAGUAACGACGUAGAUUUCAAGAAAGCUCCAAACGGUGGCUGUAACGUGCUUUGUGGAGCCAGAUUGGCUUGUGGGCAUAGCUGCGAACAAAUGUGUCAUCCAACUGAUCCUUUCCACGAAGACUACGAUUGUAGAAAAGCCUGUGCAAGAAAAUGUGCGCUCGGUCAUCCAUGCAAACGGCGUUGCUAUCAAGAAUGCAGUAAAUGCAUGGUUGAAGUCUACAAGAAAGUUCCCCAAUGCAAUCACAUCCUUGUGAUGGCGUGUCAUCAGGAUCCCUCUAGCUUUUUAUGUACCAAGCCAUGCCCAAAAAAGCUUCCCUGUGCAGGUGCCCAUAAUUGUCCAAAAAAAUGCGGAGAAGCCUGUGCAAGAGAAUGCAAAGAAUUGGUACCAAAAAAGUGGACUCCAUGUGGCCAUACGUGCAACACUCCAUGUCAUACCGACCCCACGAAAAUUGGUUGUCCACAACCUUGUGGAGCGUUGUUGAAGUGCGAGCACAUCUGCACAGGCACAUGUGGUGAAUGCAAACAAGGACGGCUUCACAAACCUUGUUCUUCGAAAUGCGACCGCCCGCUUUUUUGCGGUCACAAAUGCAAAGUGCCGUGCACAAAGAAUUGCCCGCCGUGUCCGGAAAGAUGCCAAAACAGAUGUUCGCACAGCAAGUGCCAAAACGCAUGCGGAGAAGAGUGCAAGGAAUGCAAUGAACCUUGCCAGUGGAUGUGCAAACAUUUUGCAUGCAAAAAAUUAUGCGGGGAAAUGUGCGACCGGCCUCGCUGUGACAAUCGGUGCCACAAAAGAUUAAAAUGUGGACACAAGUGUGCUGGUCUGUGUGGUGAACCAUGCCCAAAGAAAUGUCUUGUUUGUGACAAAGACGAGUUGACAGAAAUUUUCUAUGGCAACGAGGAUGAAGAAGGUGCUAGGUUCUUGGAGCUUGCUGAUUGUGGUCACGUUUUUGAAGUUGAAGGAAUGGACCAAUACAUCGAUACGCAGGAAAAGGAGAUGAAGAGCGGUCAAUCGACAAGCAUACAGAUGAUCAAGUGUCCGAAAUGUCAAACAGCAAUACGAACAAGUUUACGAUAUGGAAACAUCGUGAAGAAAAUUCUUCGGGACUUUGAAGAUGUUAAGAUGGCAAUAUCCCGUCAAUCUUCCACUCCCAUCUUUUGCGAAAAAAUAAAACGAGAUAUCGCAGCUCACGAAUUAGAAACACAGUUUCCAACAGAAGUUUUGAAAAUCAAAGAAAAGUUGCGACUUCGAAGAUACCCGCCUCAGAACUUAACCAACGAAGAACAAAACAUCAUUGAAAAUCAAGUUCAGUUCCUGAAGUUCAUGACCAAGUUGAAGGAUGUCAUGGUACAAGCGAAAUCAAUCAAAAGAAAGCCGAGUCCUCUUUCUGCUCGGGGACAUUCUCUUUUUCAACUUAACAUAGGAACUGAAGCAGAUGAUCAAGAAAUAAAAUCGAUGAAGUGUGAACUGGCAGAACUUUUGCGAUGGGUGAUGAAAGAUCGUCUUCGAUUUAGCGAACAAGAACUGGAAGACUUCAAUGAAGAGCUCCAACGCGCUUUGCUGAUGUUUUCCUACCUUGCCUUAACAUUAGAAAUAAGAAAAAGCCAAAUCAUCUUAACGUCUGACGAGACAAGAUAUUUAGAAUACGUGAAGAAGAACCUAGGAAAAUCUGGAAAAAAAUUGAGUGAAGAGAUAAAAGAUGGGUGCACAAGGCGUCUUAAGUACCUUACACAGAAGAAAGCACUUGGUGUGAAGUACACCGCCGUUACUGAGGAAGAAAAGUCUAUUAUUGUCAAAGCUAUGGGUCUCGCUCAGGGCCACUGGUUUAAAUGUCCAAAAGGGCACAUUUACUGUAUUGCGGACUGUGGUGGAGCAACCCAAGAAUCGCAGUGUCAAGAAUGUGGAUUACGAAUUGGUGGUACAAAUCAUCGCCUUCGAUCUGACAACAGUUUAGCAUCAGAAAUGGACGGUGCAAGAUAUGCGGCGUGGUCUGACACAGCCAACAAUAUGGCCAACUUUGAUCUCCGUCUAUUGAGAUAAUGAUGAUCGCAGCCUACAAACUUUCGCUUUGCGUAUACUAGCUAGCAUACACUUGCGCACAUAUUUAACACACUUUUGAACAUUAGGCCAGUAAUAUUUUGAAAACUAAUAUACCUAAACGUUUAUUCCCUUCUGACUCAAUGGCUCGAUAUUGUACUAGGUAUUGAAGCACACGUUUCAGGGACGCACUAGCGCAAUAAUUCGAUCGGGACCACAUAUUCAUGCACAUAAUUAUUCAGUUCUGCGCAACGAA